GAAUCGACACUGCGGGACGGCGGGACGUGAAACUCUUUCCGCGAAAGUGUUGGGGUGGAUCGGCGCUGUCCAUAUGGAGGCAAACGAGGCGCCGUGUUAGGCACUUACGGCCUGCACGGACGCCUUGCUGUGUCGCGAAACAAGGUGCAUCUCACGACAGAUAGAUCCUGAUCAAUCCGGUGGCCGAGUGUUGAUUGUAUCUGAUAAAAAUGGCGGCCAGCAAACCACCUGAAAUGAAUUACACGUGCGAGAUUUGCGGCCUGGAAGGCUUCAACGACGAGGAGAUGAGAUCUCACAUGGUGUUCUAUCAUCUUCAAGGAGCAGCGACUUGUCCAUUUUGCGAUUUAGGGGAAAUAUCGCCGACGGAGAUGUUGGUACACGUUAACAGUGCUCAUCUGGAUUACUUGACGCCAAGUACCCCGGAAAAUGACAUGAUGGCGUUUAUCGACGACGAUUCAUUGGCGGACGAUCGUAGACACGAUGAAUGUCGUGGUCCAUCACCAUCCAUGUCUCUGCGCCCGCCUCUUCUACAAAAUGGCUGGAGCAGUUCAUCUAGUCUUCGUGUUAAACAACAACAGGAACUACCAAAGUCAGAGCCACAGAAUUCUAGUUCUAAUGUGAAUAAUAACAAUAAUAAUAACAACACUGGAAAUGUUAAUAAUGUAAUAGAGGGAGCAGCUGGUCAUGGUUCUCCGUUGCGUUCAGGCCUAAAUCUACAAUUACGUUCCCAUGCUUCGCCAAAACUUCCAGUGCAAGAGUGCCCUAUGUGCCCGUACAGUUCUGACAGUCCGUUGAAGCUAGAAGAACAUAUCAAUAGACAACAUUUUGAUCUCACUUCGCCGUCCUUUCCGCCUGAAUCUCCGCCAUCGCGCGAUGGUAUCUUUAACUGCCCCCUGUGCGUUACAUCUUUCCCUAAUUCUUCUGAUCUUGAGCUACACGUUAACAUAGAGCACAAAGAUAUAUUAAGCCCUGCGAAUGGCGCAGCUUCGCAGUCUGAUCUGGCAACUAUUGCCAGCGACACUACAGUAUGCCCAGUUUGUUUUAGUACUUCGUUCAAGACCAACGAUGACUUAACCGCGCACAUCGAAGAACAUUUCAGCAAAAAGGGUACACUGUCUCCGAUAACUCCGGAUUUGUCUACCGACAGAUUGUUGGCUAAGGAUAUGGAGAGGCGCGAGAAAGAAGUUAGAAAAUUGCGGGAACAACGAGAAUUUGAAAUGCUCAGAGCGCAGUACGGAAUGGACAAUCAGGGCAAUUUUAGAGAACAGAGCGUCACCAAUAUGCAGCGGGCUGUGUAUUCCGGUGAAAUGACCAUUGCUGAUUAUUACGAAAGGCAAAGUGAACUCAGAGUAGCGGAGAGUAGUGGCAUAGAUGAUGGCAGCUCUUGUACACGUGGUCUCGUUUCCAAGAUACGAGCUGUCAGCCAAGCAUGUAGUAACGUGUUGAGCACCUGGAUGUGCUCCACCGUAGAUCAUUAUGCCACUACUUACGGAGACAAAGGCUGGGGAUGCGGUUAUAGAAAUUUACAAAUGUUAAUUUCGUCGCUUUUGCAACAUACAGGGUACAAUGAGUUAGUUUAUAAAGCGUGGAGCUCUGGCCUCGGUAGUGGCAGUUCCACAAAAAAUCCGCUUCGAAGUUCCAUACCGUCGAUCUCGAGACUUCAGAAGAUGAUAGAGUGGGCUUGGGCUCAGGGUUUCGAUACUCAAGGAGCGGAGCAGUUAGGUGGGAAAUUGGUGAACACUAGAAAAUGGAUUGGCCCUACGGAAGUAGUCAUACUGUUGUCUAGUCUGAGAAUAAAAUGUCAGUUGGUAGACUUUUAUAGGCCAACCAAUCCCGACGGCGGACACCCCGAAAUGUUUAAUUGGGUUUUACAAUAUUUUCAACGAUGCGACGAUUUCAAGCCACCCCUUUAUCUACAGCAUCAAGGUCAUAGUAGAACAAUAAUAGGAGUAGAACAAUUGAGAGAUGGUUCGAUAACUAUGUUAGUACUUGAUCCGAGUCAUAGUCCAGCACAAAUGGCACAAUUUAAUAGCACAAGUAGUGCACUCGGGGCGAUGCGUUUGGUACGAAAAUCGAUCGCAGCGAUGAAGGCGAGGCAGUAUCAAGUUGUUGCUGUCACCGGUAUCAUGGAAACCGAAUUAGAGUAUCAACAAAGCAAAGUAUUACGUUUGAUACGUGUACCCCAAGAUAGGUGAGAUUUGCUGACCCAAAACGGAGUAAAAUCUUGUGGAAAGACGAUAGACUGCCUCAAACCGAUUUUGUCAGUAUCCUUAAAGUUACCUGACCGCAAUGUUCUAGGUUUUAUCAUUAGGAGAUUUGCUCCGCCGUAGUAGUUGCAGAAAUAUUAUUUAACAAUAUAUUCUUGCAUCUUUUGGCCGUCAGAGAUCGACCGGCCCUUCGAAUCGUGUGUAUCCUAAGCCUGCGUCGCGGUUUAACAUUUUGGAGCUGAAAUUUAUAAAAAAAAAAAAAAAGUCACAAAAGUUGUAAUUUUUAACACUUUACCGACCGGUAAGCGUUGGUCGGUAAAAAAAGUUGAUUAAUACGCUGUCGGUCGGUAAUGUGUUAAAAAAGUGUCUAUGUGUCGCGCGUAUUGAUUUUAAAUCAAUAAUCAGCUCUCGAAAUACUAUAUUACGAUGUGUGCUUGGGAAUGAAAGUUACAGAGACGAAGGAUCCAAUGAAUAGAACUUAAUUAAAUCGCCAUUUCUUGUCCACGAUGUUCUGCUCAAUUUUCGUCGCACCGAACAGGCUGUGCUAAUUUUUAGUCGACCAAUCGUCCUAAGCCCGGGUCGGUUGCAUCAGCGAAAAACGCCAUGGCAGAGGUUGUAAAUCAAGACACUUUCGUAGCCGUGAUGCUGUUAUCGAUUUAACGCUAAUCAAUCACCGAUUACAAAUAUUUUUGAAGGCACUCCCAUACAGAACAAAAAAAGAAAUAUGCAACAUCGUUUGCGCUUACUUUGUCUCACCCUGUACUCCAAAUUUUUAAUAAACUUUGUUGUCAAAAUGUCGUCAAUUUUUAGUAAAUAAAAUUACCAAUAAUAACGAUAAAAUUUUGUAUACAAUUACAUCGGUUAUAUUUUCGUUUAUUGUUUAUUUACAUAAUCUUUUUUGGAGUGUCUACAAGAAUGAACGAUGCAUUCCCAUAUAUUCUAUAUACGUAUACACAUACACACACUUGCGCACUCUUUGUUACAUUAUAUUUCACUCACUCGUAUAUAAAGUACAACUACUUUCAUACUAAUUAAAAAUAUUCUAUUUAAUUAUUCGAUUAAUUUAAGGCUACUCGUACGUUAGCUUGUAAGUUCAAUGCAACGCUGUGACCGAAAGGAAGAGAAUUAUGUAAACUACCAGUCCAUUUACUUGUUAUUUAUAUUAUACACUUCGAAAGCGUUACGUAAUUUAGCAAAUUAUUAUUAUUAAGAUGUAUUUGUUAUAGUCGAAGGUAUUCGGGAUUGUUUGAAAAAAAAAAAUUUGACGUUUAUUACGGGGGAUGUAUCAUUGUUUUAUAGCUUUUAUAACUUUGCGCGCCCGAAUCGGAUGAAAAAUUGUAUUUCUGCUCGUUAGGACCGGACGCAAUAAUUACGACCGACAGCGAUUAUAUUAAGAUUAUUUGUUACUUGUAUUGAAUAUUUGCUGUACGCGAAUUAAGGAUAUGUUUGAUCGUUUCGGAGUGUUCGGGUUAAUUAAGCUGUGGAAUUGUUACGCAAGUGUAAAAAGAACUUCGUAUUAACCACACAUCAAAUGAAAAUAUAUGCUUUGUUAGAAUUCCCAAUUGAUUGUUUCGUGCUACGCGCAUCAUAUAUAUUAUCAUCGAAUUAAACAUUUAUUUUUGUACGCUACAUGUUCAUACGGGACAUUUUAAAAUUAAUAAUACGUUCUACACGAAUCGAGUAACUUUCAAAUUUACAGAAACACAUAACCUAUUUGUUUAAUUUCUGUAUAAAUUAACGUAGUAAAUAUAAUUGAAAUGCCAUCGUAAAUCAUUACAAUUUGAACGUUUAU